UUGAUUCCAUUUCAGUCGAUUGGCUAUAAGGGCAUUCUCCUCUUCGGUACUGAUGAACAAAAAGAUAAAUAUCUACCAGAUUUGGCUGCUGGACGUAAAUUUGCUGCAUUUUGCCUUACCGAGCCGAGCAGCGGAUCCGAUGCCAAUUCGAUUGGCUAUAAGGGCAUUCUCCUCUUCGGUACUGAUGAACAAAAAGAUAAAUAUCUACCAGAUUUGGCUGCUGGACGUAAAUUUGCUGCAUUUUGCCUUACCGAGCCGAGCAGCGGAUCCGAUGCCAAUUCAAUCAAAACUCGAGCUGAGAAAAGUCCGGAUGGGAAGCAUUACAUACUCAAUGGUGGUAAGAUCUGGAUCAGUAACGGUGGCUUCGCCGAUGUCUUCACCGUAUUCGCUCAGACUCCGGUAAAAAUGCCUGACGGCAGCACGAAAGACAAAGUGUCCGCGUUCAUAGUCGAGCGAGCGUUUGGCGGUGUAACCAGCGGUCCACAAGAAAAGAAAAUGGGUAUCAAAGGAUCGAAUACGGCUGAAGUGCACUUCGAUAACGUUAAGGUUCCCGUAGAGAAUUUGCUUGGAGUUGAAGGUGAAGGAUUCAAAGUAGCGAUGAAUAUCCUGAACAACGGCCGAUUCGGUAUCCCUGCAUCAUGUACUGGUUCAAUGAAAUACUGUAUUCAAAAGACGGUUGAUCACAUAACACAUCGCGUGCAAUUCGGUCAAACGCUGCAGGAGUUCUUCAACGUUCAAGAGAAGCUCACAAACAUGGUCGCUCGACAUUAUGCCACCGAGUCAAUUGUCUAUCUUCUUGCAGCGAAUAUGGAUCGCGGAAUUCAGGACUACCAGCUGGAAGCGGCCAUUGGCAAAGUUGCUGCGUCGGUAGGUUUCUGUUUCUUUUGCAGCAAUCGGUCAUUAUGGAGUUACCCUUUUCCUGAUUUGAACGUAGUCGCAGUAUAA